AUGAUUAUUAUUUUACUUCUAACUACAUUUCUGGCUGUUUUAAUUGUGAGGCAGUACCUGAAAGCUAAAAAACUGCCUCCUGGUCCCACUUCUCUUCCAUUAAUUGGAAAUAUUCAUCAACUGGUUUACUAUAUUUGGAGGGAACGAGGAGUAGUUCGAGCGUUCACUUAUUUCAGAAAGACGUACGGAGAUGUGUUCACUCUGUGGUUUGGUCCGAUUCCACAUGUCAGUAUUUGUGAUUACGAGACUUCUCAAGAAGUUUUUGUGAAAAACGGAAAUAAAUAUAAAGAUCGCUUCUUACCACCUGUUUUUGCACAUGUCAGUGACAAUCUGGGACUCGUGUCAGCAAACGGAGAGGUGUGGGCAGAAAUGAGAAGGUUCACAUUGUUAGCCUUCAGAAAUAUGGGUGUUGGAAGAGAUUUGAUGGAGGAGAGAAUAUUAGACGAAUUGGAUGCUAGAUGCGCUGAAAUCGACGCAGAUGCUGUAAACGGAAAAACUAUUGUUCAUACUUCUGAUUUCUUUGAUCUUACAGUUGGAAGUGUUAUCAACAACACAUUAGUCGGAAAACGAUUCGAUGCUGACAACAAACAAGAGUUUCUGGAACUCAAGGCUCUUAUGGAAUCGACUGCAGAUUUGUUCUCCAUUUUUGACUUGUCACUUCCAGUUUGGAUUAUGAAGACAUUCUUUCCAAACAGAUACUCACGGAUCAUUGAAGUUCAGCAAAAAGUUCUCAACUUUGUUUCCCGAGAAGCCAUGGAAAGAUACAAUAAGUGGAAGAGUGGAGAGUAUACUGUCAAUUCAGAAGAUCCCCAAGACUUUGUGGAAGCAUAUCUGGCAAAAAUGGAACAGGAAGAGAAGAACGGGGAGAGUUCCCUCUAUACAAUGGAAUGUUUGAAACAUGUAAUAGGAGAUCUUUGGUUUGCUGGACAAGACACAACAUCUACAACGCUAGUAUCUGGAUUCAACCAACUUGUGAAUCAUCCAGAAGUCAUGGAAAAAUGCAAAAAGGAACUGAUGAGACUCACAGAAAAUGGAUCACGCCCAUUGAGAUUAAAGGAUAGAGCUGAAUCCCAAUACUUGAACGCUGUGAUAGCAGAAAUCCAACGACAUGCUUCAAUUCUGAGUGUGAACUUUUGGAGGAUCAAUCAUGAGCCAACAGUUGUCAAAGGAUACCCUGUAGACUCUGAGAGUGUGAUAACUGCCCAACCUGGGAGCUCUUCAUAUAGGUUCAUUGAAAAUGAGAAACUCUUGAAUCAAGUGAUCCCGUUUGGAAUUGGAAAACGAUCUUGUGUUGGAGAGAAUAUCGCAAGGUCAGAAAUGUACUUGAUGAUUGGAAAUUUAAUACUUCGUUAUGAUAUCAAAGCCCAUGGAUCUUUACCCUCAACGGACGACAAACUCCCGCAUAGUGCUGGAAAACUGCCGGAUAAAACUAUGAAGUUGGAGUUUGUUAGAUUAUAA